CCCCGCCCCCGGCACCAUGCUGCCCUCGCAGGAGGCCUCCAAGCUCUACCAUGAGCACUACAUGCGGAACUCGCGGGCCAUCGGCGUGCUGUGGGCCAUCUUCACCAUCUGCUUCGCCAUCAUCAACGUGGUGGUCUUCAUCCAGCCCUACUGGGUGGGCGACAGCGUGAGCACCCCCAAGCCUGGCUACUUCGGCCUCUUCCACUACUGCGUGGGCAGCGGGCUGGCGGGCCGCGAGCUCACCUGCCGGGGCUCCUUCACCGACUUCAGCACCAUCCCGUCCAGCGCCUUCAAGGCGGCCGCCUUCUUCGUGCUGCUCUCCAUGGUGCUGAUCCUCGGCUGCAUCACCUGCUUUGCGCUCUUCUUCUUCUGCAACACCGCCACGGUCUACAAGAUCUGCGCCUGGAUGCAGCUCUUGGCAGCUCUGUGCCUGGUCCUGGGCUGCAUGAUCUUCCCCGACGGCUGGGACGCCGAGACCAUCCGGGACAUGUGCGGGGCCAAGACGGGGAAGUACUCCCUGGGGGACUGUUCGGUGCGCUGGGCGUACAUCCUGGCCAUCAUCGGCAUCCUCAACGCCCUCAUCCUCUCCUUCCUCGCCUUCGUGCUGGGCAACCGGCAAACAGACCUGUUGCAGGAGGAGCUCAAACCGGAGAAUAAAGAUUUUGUGGGUUCUACAGUCAGCUCGGUGUUGAGGCCAGGGGGUGAUGUCUCCGGAUGGGGCGUCCUCCCCUGCCCUGUUGCUCACACGCAGGGACCCUGAAGGCCAGGAUCACAGCCCAGGAACUGACCUGACCUCAGCUUGUCCUGUCUCUGCCCUCUCAUCUCACCAUUCAAGCUCCGAGGGAAGACCCCGAUCUCACCGGCUUCUCAUUGCUGCGAGCUCCCGGCUUUGACGACAGGACGGGGCUGCAGUGCAGCCCGGAGGAAGGGCCUGGGAAGUUUUGAUUCUGGCUCCUCCCUCAGUUUGACCUCCGGAGCCUGAGUCCCCAUCCCUGGGCUUCCGCUCUCUAGAUUGGCCUGGACACCUGAGGACCCCAGGGGAAGGUGGCACUGUGUUCCACUCCCCAGGCUCCCUCCGUCUGGAGGGCAGGGCUGCCUGGCCGGGUCCUUGCCUCCUCUGGUCCUUUCCUCUUCCAGAAGUUUAUCAAGACACUGCCCCAGGGCAGGCCGGACUCUUUCCUACUUUUUGCCUACGAUGGUUCCACCAUGUCUGUCACAGAGCUCCAGGUGCCACCAGCCUCCCUGGGGCAUCCCCUGCCCUCCAUCCAGCCUGCUCCUAGCUUUUCCAAAGGAACCUGAGCUGCGUCCAGGGAGAAAGCACAGGGCCGCCCUCUCAGUUGCUGACUGGGGCCCUGUUCAGCCCAGAGUCUGGGCAAAGACUGGUGGACUCUGCAGGGGCAGGAGGAGGCACCUGGCCUGGGCAGCCCCUCACUAGCUGCUCAGCCUGGGCUGGCUUGGCCUCCUCUCUGUGGGGAUGUCUCACCGGUGACUGGACCCUUGACCUUGGCCUGUUUUGUACAGCACAGACUUCUAGGCCCUGUUGUCAGGGUUGGGGGCUCGGGAGGGGACCCCCAUGGUGGAGAAUUAGGGGAUGCAUCACCUCUUCUCCCCUUCUUGAACCCUCCUACCCCCUGAGCAUCCGGCAAGGGCAGAGAACUCUCACCUCUUUGAUACUUUUCUGCAUAACUUGAACUUGCAGGUCACCUCUGAACAGGGUACCCCUGUCCCCACCCCUAGGCCUUGUUACCUGUCCCGCCUCCCACUCCUCCUUGCCCACCUCUCGCCUUGCGAUAUGCCCAGGGUCUGCAGCCUGAUGGGCAGUGCCUCGAGCUGAGGCAUGAGUGUGUGUGCGCGCGCGUGUGCAUAUGUGUGUGCGUGUGUGUGUGCGUGUGUGUCAGAGGGCAAAUGAGAAAUCUCUCUGCCCGUUCUCCUGCCGUGGGGGCUUCGCCCUCCACCGUGGCAGGGAGCUCGGGAGGGAGGCUCCAAGUGUUGUCUGAACACCCCUCCUUGCCUAUGGGAUUGGCGCAGAGCCACGCGGCCUAGGUGUCUCCCCCGCUUGGGCUGAGGACGACCUAGUGGAGGGCAGCACGUGGGCCCCACAGCGCCGCCGCCUGGCGCCCGCGGGUACCGCAGUCGGGGAGCGGGCCGCCCCCUGCAGGCUCAACGGGGAAGCUCGGGCCGGAGCGCCUUGCGUGGGCCACCCUCCUGUUCAUUCGCGUUGGGCUUGGGCCUGGGCGUUAGGGUUUCCAAGAAAGGCCCUAGAAACCCGCAGCCUCCGUCAUUGGGGUCCUAGCCAGAAGCAGGCCGGGAUGGCCCCGACACUUGUAACUCAGAGUUCGAAGCCCGCCUCCUCUCCCCUCCCCUGUCCCAGGCCUCCUCCCUCGGGGUGGGGCUGCACAUUGGGGAGGGGAGGGAGCAGAGUGAGAUCCUCAAAGAUCCUGAAGCCCCACACUGGACAGGGAGGGCAGUGAGGAGAGGAGGGGGACGAGGAGAGAGGUGGACAGCCGGGUACAGCGGAGGAAGGAGACAGGGGACUGCGGUGGACCGACUCCCUGGGGGGAGGAGGGGAGAUGAUGGGAAGGAAAGCACUGGGGUAGAGAAGGGGCAGUGGGGUGAAGGGUUUGGGGGGACAAGCCUGGGAUGCAGGGAAAGACGAGGAGGAAGGAGACAGGGCGGUGGGGGCGGGGUGCCGCUGAACGUGCUGGGGAGGGGAAAGGAGAGGGCUUCUUCCCGCGGGGAUGUCCACCACCCUGGGGGCCACCGGCCUGUCCCCUGACCAACAGGCUGACACUGACCCCAUAGAGCCCAAGAACCUGCAGGCCUGGGGCCCCAGGACGGAGGCUCCUCCCAUUGUGGAGGGACAGGGAUGGGGGAGCCAUAGUGGGCAUGGGUUGGCGUCAGGCCGUAGAGGGACGCUAAUCCCUUUAGGGACGGUCAGAGCCCGUGUCCCGCCAUCCCCUGGCCAACUGCUGCCCUGGCUGAGCAACUCUGAGGUUAGGAAAGCAGGGUCGGGUGGGCCCAGGCCUGAGGGACCCCAGGGUGAUGCAGAGAAGGGACAGAGGUGGGUAACAGAUGCUUCGGCAGGGGCUCCAGGGCAGGCUUGAGGCCCUGUGGCUGUCUUGGGGCAGUGGAGACUUCCAGGAAGGGAGGGUGGGCAGCUGGCUUUCUUGGAGGCAGGGCAGUCCGGCUUUAGUCUUUGGCCAAGAGCAGAGAUGAGGUCGACAUUGUCCUGGCCCAGGAAGAUCUCUUGGGCCUACCCCGAGCCUUCUGUUUAGGUCCCUGAGCAAAGUCCUCUCCUGAGACAAGGUCGGGCACCUGGUGCCACCACUUUCUCUGCUCCAGUCCCGGGACUUUACGGAGGGGCCAAAGCAGCUACCACCUAGAGGCAGCUCAGUCUGUGGUCCCCAGAGCUGAUCAGUUAAGUCUUUCCUGGCCUUGGGGACCGUAUCUGUGAAGGAAGACUCCCUGAGGGGUGAGGACCCUGGGUAGAAACAAGGUCCUUCUCAGGCCCAGAGCAGCCAAGGUGAGAGCUUUUAGACAAGGCUGUAAGGGAGAUCUCCCGGCUGCUGGCGCUUCUUGCUCCGGCAGGGGGAGAUCGCCUUUCUUCAGCUCCCAGUGUAAACUGAGAAAGGAAAACCUCUUUGGAGAAGCUGGGAUCCUCCCAGGACAAGAAACUUCUACAGGCCCCUGCCUGGCUCAGGGCUAGCCUUCAGGUGGGACUGGAGUUUCCUGAGAAGGGGAACAAGGAAGCCACAGUCCUUCCCAGCGCUCUGGCCGGCAGACCUCCGAGGGCCUGUGCUGUGUGUUGUUAGGAUAGCUUGGUGUUGUCUACACCCCAUCAGUAAGUUCUGUCUGGAUGUGUCCUCGCUGUUCACUGUCCAUUUGGUAACAUUUAUUUUGGUCCUGACCCUUUCUGCUGCUGCUGGAUUUGAGCUUCAGUGCAGGUGGAAUGACGUUCAAAUAAAGAAACACUUUGUAUCACCCAUGCUGGCUGCUGCUUC